UUGUUCUAAAGUAACAAUAGUUUCCCUUAUCCUCAGUGUUUGAGGCCUCCCAGCACCAUCCACCCAGCAAAUGAUCUCUGGUCAGCUCAGCUCAAGGCACAGCUCUCGCAAUGUGUUUCAUGUAAUUUAGAUGUACCCCAACAAUUUGGACUUCUACAGUAAGUCUUGUUUUUUCCUGCCACACAUCACCUUGAUGUGGAAAGUAUGAGCUGUGUGGAGGGUCUGAGGGCUGACUCAUCUCAGUUCACUCUGGGAGGAGAACCCUUCCGCAUCCUGGGAGGCUCCAUUCAUUACUUCCGUGUCCCGAGAGCCUACUGGGAAGACCGGCUGCUGAAGAUGAAAGCCUGCGGCCUCAAUACUCUCACAACAUAUGUGGCGUGGAAUCUGCACGAGCCUGAGAGAGGAGCGUUCAACUUUCAGGAUCAACUGGACCUGAAGGCCUAUGUCAGUUUAGCAGCAGAGAUGGGUCUCUGGGUGAUCCUGCGUCCUGGACCUUACAUGUGUGCUGAAUGGGACUUGGGCGGGUUGCCCAGUUGGCUGCUACAAGACAAAGACAUGCAGCUGAGGACAACUUAUCCUGGAUUUGUAGAUGCUGUAAACUUGUACUAUGACAAGCUUGUCUCAGUUGUCAAACCUCUGAUGUUUGAAGAAGGAGGCCCAAUCAUAGCGGUCCAAGUUGAGAACGAGUAUGGAUCGUACGCAAAAGAUGAAAACUACAUGCCAUUUAUAAAAGACUGUCUCCGGUCCAGAGGAAUCAAUGAGCUCCUUCUGACUUCAGACAAUUGGGAAGGCUUGAGAUACGGAGGGAUGGAGGGAGUUCUAAAGACAAUAAACCUUCAGAGACUGUCUUUUGGGGCGAUCCAGCACUUAGCUGAUAUGCAGCCCCACAAGCCUCUAAUGGUGAUGGAGUACUGGUCCGGUUGGUUUGACGUCUGGGGAGAGCAUCACCACGUCUUCCACGCUGAGGACAUGUUAGCUGUGGUGUCUGAAAUCUUGGAGAGGGGUGUUUCAAUUAACCUGUACAUGUUUCACGGCGGAACCAACUUUGGCUUCAUGAAUGGAGCGAUGGACUUCGGCACCUACAAACCGCAGGUCACCAGUUAUGAUUACGACGCUCCGCUGUCAGAAGCUGGAGAUUGCACCACAAAGUAUCACCUCUUGAGGAAUUUAUUCAGCCAGUACCACUCUGAGCCUCUUCCUGAAGUGCCCUCACCCCAGGGAAGGGAAGCUUACAGCCCUGUUUUCAUCCAGCACCACUUAUCACUGUGGGACAGCUUGCAUUUCGCAGACAAGCCUUGCAGGUCAGAGCGGCCAGUGAACAUGGAAAACCUCCCCGUCAACAGUAACAACGGCCAGUCAUACGGUUAUACACUGUACGAAACCACCAUCACUACUGGAGGAGCCCUAAACACCAGGAACAACGUCAGGGACAGAGCUCUGGUUUUUGUGGACAGAGAAUAUGUUGGCAGUUUAGACCACAAGACUCACGAGCUGGCACUCCCUGAUGGCAAGGGAGAGAGGACAUUGAGCUUGCUUGUUGAGAACUGUGGACGAGUGAAUUAUGGGAAAGCUCUGGACGAACAGCGCAAAGGUAUUGUGGGAGACAUUGUGUUGAAUCACACCCCUCUGAGAGGAUUUACCAUCUUUUGUUUAGACAUGAAGCCAGGCUUUCUAAAAAGAUUAAUGAAUUCAAGCCAGUGGAAAACCGACUUUAGGUCACCCAUUGUCCCAGGAUUUUUCCAGGCCAGACUCCAUGUGGACGGGCCUCCGAAGGACACUUUCAUCAUACUCCCUGGUUGGGGUAAAGGAGUCGUAUUUGUCAAUGGGCAGAACCUUGGGCGUCACUGGUGCAUUGGUCCCCAGCACUUCCUUUAUCUCCCAGGGCCAUGGCUCAGAAGUGGAGAGAAUCAGGUCAUUGUUUUUGAAGAACAAAAAGCGGACGACAAAAUACUCUUUGCAGAAAACACUCAUCAUGGAAAGACUAUUGACGUCUACAAACUGCCGUUCUGCACACUGCUGUGACAACACACUUCAACAAACACCUUUAGAUGCACAUUACAGAGGCAAUGUCUAAGGUUUAGUGGGAUCGAUUGGUGGAAAUACAAUAUAGCAUUCAGAAUUGUGUUUUCAUUAAUAUGUAAUCGCCUGUAACUAUCAGUAGUUUUAGUGUUUUUGUUAGUUUGCAGUGAGCAGAAACAUAGCAGCGCUCAGCAUAUUUCACUGACCUGUUUCUACAGCAGCCUAGAAUAGACAGGCCGAGGUAUGAGUGCCUUUUGUGUUUUUAUGUUGAAGCGACAGCCACUGUAGGUUCUGCUACAUCAAUAACCUGCUGAUCAGCUCUAACACAACCCAAAUCCACAUGAAUUCAUGAAUUAUCAAACCGCUACCCACUCAAGAAAUAUUUAGUAACCCUCCUUUUGGGUGAGAUUGAAAUAUCCACAAUCUCUUCACAUCAAAAAUAUGUAUGUCACACACAUUGGCCAUUAAAACACUGCUAAUUCCAUGAAUUAACCAUGGUUGUUCUGGAUAUAACUGCAGCUCACUCGCAUCAUCAAAACGGAUGGUUACUGUAAGUAAGUGGUAUUUGGAUGAUUGCAGUCUGCAUCUCCACCUCCAGAUAUCGCUAGAUCUCACACACUUAGCCUUUAAGGGACAGUCUAUUAACACUGACAUUACUUGAUUUAAAAUAAUACUCCACUAGUUAUAAUAUUUUCAAAUCUGCAAUUUGAAUUCCAUUCAGUGCUCUAAAUGCUAUUGGUAUUGAUUUUCAUUUCCUUACAAUAAACCAUUAAAUUACAAUUCAACACAA